AUGUUGUCUUACUCACUCUACAUGCUCACAGCAGUAGCUGUGUUGCUAAUGACUUGCCAUACACCGUGUAAAUGUUCAGGAAUUCCUGGACUAUCCGGAAGAGGUGGUCUGAAAGGACAGCCACGUCUACCAAGUCUCAUAGGAAGCCCUAAAGGGCCUCCUGGAAGAGAUGGUCUUCCUUGGCUGCGAGGUCUAUUUUAUUCUCUGGACAGCAACCUCCACAAUGUUUUAGUAAAUUUGCAGCUCCGACUUUCCAGACUUGAAGGCGUGCUUGCUUUGAAUGGGAAAAUAAAAGAAGCAGGAGAGAAAAUAUUUGCCAGCAAUGGGAAGGAAGUUGAUUUUGAAUCUGCACUAGAAUCCUGCGAAGAGGCUGGAGGAACUCUUGCAACUCCCACAAAUGAAGAGGAGAAUAAAGCUAUUUUGGAUAUUGUGAAACAGUAUAACCGCUAUGCUUACUUGGGCAUUAGAGAGGGUGAGAUUUCAGGUCAAUUUAGUUAUAUCAAGGGCAUGGCUCUGAAUUAUACCAAGUGGCACCAAUAUGAGCCUAAUGGCAAAGGGACAGAAAAAUGUGUAGAGAUGUACACUGAUGGGAGUUGGAAUGACAAAAAAUGCAAUCUGUAUCGCCUCACAAUCUGUGAGUUUUAA